CAGAUACCAACAACUUACGCAACGACCAGUUACUACACCGAGGUUGCACAGUUAGGUUUACAGUUACACCACAGCUCAUGCUGCUCCGAGCUACUACACCGAAGGCCAGAAGUUUUAUUCUUCCCCGAGCUACACUACCAAAUCGCAUGUGCACACCUCCCAGGCUCCUAAGUACUACACCACCAAGGCACCUCAGACUACACAACUACGUAUGCUGUCCUAAGUACUACACCAAGGUUCCAAAGUACUACAGCACUAAGGCACCGGACUACCACACGACUAUAUAUGCUGCCCCAACCUACGACACCGAGGCUCCAGCUUAUUACACCACCAAAGCGGUCGAACACAGUGGCGCCCAAGUACGAUGGAAAUCAGUCGAGUGAGCAUCUCCGCCACCCAACACGGUAGCCCCAAAGUUUCGAACAAACUUCGUUUCAAAUAGUGGAACGGUAAAGAGCGAGGUCUCUUUUUCGAAUCAGACGAAUUCUAUUGCAAUCCCUUAAAUAUAGCGGCGGCGUUGCAGUCGUACGUUGCCAACGCGUCGUUAAACUUGACAUUUUUGGUUGGAAGGCCGAACUUCAUGGUGGCCGUACCAUCACCUACGACAAGUGUCUUAUUGCCACAGGUGGUAAACGAAAAUCUCUGCCAAUCCUUGAUCGGUGUCCCUAAAGAUGUCCACGAGCAAGUGACGCUGUUCCGCAACAGUGAUGGCCAAGUCCUCCCUAACUAUUUGAGCCAAUGGACUUCCGAGAAGGUGGAAGCGGCAGACGUUAAUGUGUUGCCCAAAGCUAAUGUAGAGGGUGUAAUUUUGGAAGACAACAAUUUAAUUAAGGUCAAUGCGACAUUGACCUUAAACGAUGGUCAAAAGAUUCCAAUUUUGGUGGUUAUCGAGUCAAUGCUGAGCUUGAAGCACGAUCGAACGUCCGAUUGGCUCUGAUCACCACCAUGCUGCUGUAUAAGGGCGAUUGUCUAGAGAGAAAAAUACUGGCAACGAAACAUGGAUGAACAACUGCAGUGCACUGUCACCAAGUGCAUUCUUCGUCGUAUUAUUAGUACGCAAUCCGUUAACUACAGUGUCGUGCUGUUGUACCGUUGAUGACUGGGUUGACCUGGUGUAGGCAUGUUUCCUGGGUAUGGUGGAUACCGAACCGCAACGCCGCCGCCUUACUACACAAUAACAACAUACGCAACGACCAGUUCCUAGACCGUCAAGGCAUCAGUGUUACACCACACCUUAUGAUGCUCCAAGCUACUACACCGAAGCCCUGAAGUUUAAUUCUGCCCGAGUUACAUCAAUAAGGAGGUCAAAUACCAUAACGUGGUUUCCAAGUACUACACCGCCCAGGUAUUGGAGUGCUACACGACUACGUAUGCUGCCCCAGCCUACUUCACCUAGGCCUUGAGUACUACUCUGUGCUCAGCUACUACACCGAAGUUCCAGCUUAUUACGUCAACCAAGAGUACUACACCGAAGCGCACAAAUAAGACUCUGCCCCGAGCUACGCAAUUACAACUGAAGAGGUACGCAGCAAAUUCUUACAACACAGCGGCUGCUCCUUCGUACUACGUUGAACCGAAAUACUAUGAGUCUAUGACUCAAGUUUACUACACCAAAACCUACGCUACUCCUAGCUACUACACCGAAGUCCCCAAGUACUACACCGAAAAGGCCGAUUAUUACGCAACCGCGUAUGCUGUCAAAGUUUACUACACCGAGAAACCAAAGUGUUACUCUGCUGCAACCAAUACCAAACAGAGGCUCCGGUUUAUUACACCACCAAGGCCACUGAGUAUUACACUACAACUAACGCUGCCCCCCGCUACUACACUGAAGUUCCAAAGUAUUACUCUGCCCCGAGUUACCAAACCACUAAGGCACCUGAAUGUUACGCCACGACCUACGCUUCUUCAUUUGUCUAAAGGGAGGCUCCUAAAUAUUAGCUGAAAUUGCAAUUUUUUUUAAUGGUGUUCAGAUAUGUACGUCAUAUGAAGUUACUAGUCAUUGUUAUUGUUGUUCUUCAUUGAGAAAAUAAAUUUUUUAAUGCGGGUA